CCCUCACUACGUUCUGCACCCCUUUAUGCUUUGACAUCAGCUGUUCUGCCUACAGAGCAGAGGCAUCCGGCUGGAAGACGCACAGGCGCCUGAAUCCGCUUUAUUAUGCUGCUUUUAUUAAUAGUCGCGGGCCUCGGAGUGGUGUCGCUACUGGUGAUCCUAUUUGCACCGCACAUAAGGAAAUACGCAGCAGGAGGAGUGUGUCAGUCCUCAGCUGAUCUGCAUGGGAAGACAGUCCUCAUCACUGGAGCCAACACAGGGAUCGGGAAGGAGACGGCCCUGGACCUGGCGAUGCGAGGGGCUCGGGUGAUCAUGGCAUGCCGAGACAUAGACAAGGGAGAGGAGGCAGCGGACAGUAUACGAGCUGCGUAUCCCAAAGCACAAGUGGAGGUUCGGGAGCUCGACCUCGCAGACACCUGCUCGAUACGAGCCUUCGCACAGAAAUUCCUCAGAGAGGUCAACCAUCUUCAUAUCCUCAUCAACAACGCUGGCGUGAUGAUGUGCCCCUACACAAAAACAAUCGACGGCUUUGAGAUGCAUAUCGGAGUCAAUCACUUGGGACACUUCCUGUUGACGUCCCUCCUGAUCGGGCAGCUGAAGCGCAGUGCGCCGGCCCGGAUCGUGGUCGUCUCAUCUCUGGCACACAACUUCGGCUGGAUCCGUUUCCACGACCUUCACAGCCAGGGGAGCUACAACAGUGGAUUAGCGUACUGCCAGAGCAAACUGGCAAAUGUGCUGUUCGCCAGAGAGCUGGCACGCAGACUCAAAGGUACCAAUGUGACAGUGAACUCAGUCCACCCGGGGACGGUGAACUCCGACCUGACCAGACACUCGACUCUCAUGACGAUAUUCUUCACCGUCUUCUCCGUGUUCCUAAAAACGCCACGGGAAGGAGCACAGACCAGCAUCUACUGCGCCGUGGCGGAAGAGCUGCACUCAAUCUCUGGGAAACACUUUAGUGACUGCGCCCCUGCCUUCGUAGCCCCUCAGGGAAGAAGCGAGGAGACAGCGAGGAGACUGUGGGACGUCAGCUGUGAGCUUCUUGGCAUCGAGUGGGACUGAUUCAACUUUCAGCCCCCUCCUCCUCCUCCUCCCCCCAUCUAUCUCAGUUCUCAAAGGAAUCCUUCUUCUUUAAGUUACCAUUCAUUUCAUUAUGGUUUUGAUGUUAUGUACUUUGAACAUCUCUUACCUAUUAAGCAGUCAGGUUAUACUGUAAGAGGUAACUAUAAUGUGAAGUUGCUUUUUUGUGAAAUAAUGCAGUAUUACAUUAUAAUAACUUGAGUGCUUUUGGUGUCCCUCAACAGCUCUUUAAAACCCCAAAAACCACUCAACUGUAUUAUCAUGUAACCACAAAUAACUUUUUUGACUCUAUAUGUUUGUGACACAGUGUGAAUACAGUGUAGGCAAAAAAGCAACUUGAUGUAUCGUAACGCUGUAGGAUACUGUGAAGGGUCAAGCCAGGGUAAACGACCAGCAUCUUUAUCAAGGGUUUUUUCUUCAUCCCUCCAGAAUUUGCAGCUAAAUUGCUUGACUUUUUGUGCCAGCAUUUCUAAACAACUGCAGGGGUUCUUACAGUGUUUCCAGGUUGAAUUAAAAAUUAGUAAAACUAUCGAAGAUCAGCACUGGUCUGAGCCAUGAUUACCGCUUGAAUUGCAUAGAUGUAUUUUGUGAUAAUUGUACUCAACGUAGAUUAUAAGAGGGUCUUUUCUAUUAUAACCAAAUCAGAGCUAGAAUUACGUCAUUGCAAUAUUUGCAAUGAUUUUUUUUUCCAUCUGCAUUCCCAAAUCUGCACAUUCCUGCAACAAAUACAGUUUUACAUUAAUACAGAUCUCCCUCCUCACUUUUCCAUCUCAGCAUUUACAUGCAAGGUUGCCAAGAGUUUACAUUCUGUGUUUUAUACAAGUUAAACAUGCCUUUUACUAAACUUACAUUCAUGUUAAGAGUUGAAUGUUUACAACUGAUGUAAAUAAACAGGAAUAUUACUAUAA